AUGGAAAGUUCAGCCAACAAAAAAUAUGUAAUAGAAAGAAUAUUUGGAGAAGAUGGAUAAUUACAAAGUCUGAUUAAACUAAGCUAAUUUUCGAUAAAAGGUAACAAAGUUACCGGAACCGGAACAAUGGGGAAGGAUUUGUCAUUCAAGUUAGAAGGAACAUAGAAAGAUGGGAGUUUUGAUAUUAUGUUAGACUGCUAAAAAGCAUAAUAGAGUUUAAGACUUAUUGGAAUCCAGGAAUAUAAAGACCUAAUUUCAGGAGACUGGGCAUAUAAAAUUGGGUAGCAAUACAAUACGGACUUUGAUCCAAGAGGUAAAUUCUUAUUGAAACUUGAAAGUGAUAAUGUAAGAACGCUAGCCUCUGCUAGUGCACAAAUAAAUAGCAAAGACAGAGAUAGAGUUAGACCUUAAAUCCCUAUGGGUGCAGUUCCAUGCUUUUGCUUGAAUUAGAUUUUUUAAUUCAAGGAACCCAUUGAACCAAGCAUAAAAAGUUAUACAAUUUGCAAAACAUGCUUGAGCAAAGAUUAUUAGGUUUACUACUCUUGCUCAAAGUAUGAAACACAGAAAGAAUGCUAGUUUAUAAUGUGCUAGGAGUGCUACAAUAAUAUCGAAUUCAUCAAUAAAAUGAUGCUUAUUUCAAGAAUAAGGCAUGCUUAUAAAGGAAAUAGAACUGAAUGGUUUUAGUAUGUCAAUUACGUGAUGGAGGUUUUCAGAAGAAUAUUUGCCGAUGAUCCAAUGACUCUUUUGUCAAUAUAACUUAGAAAGGAUCAUGACUACAGAUGGUAUGAGAUUUAUGAGAUGACUUAAGAUACGUUUGAAUUCAAGAAAUUGAAGGAAUUGGAAUUGUACACAAAUAGAGAGAUUCUAGACGAAGGGAAUUUUCAUGAAGUUUAUUUGGCACUUCAAAGGAGAGACUUUGAAUAAGUAUAAUUGCCCAACGGGUUUAUUGUGCUAAAAGAGUAGUUCAUUGAGCCAAAUAAAAAUUGGGUAAUUAAAAAAGUCAAAGAAUACAAGGAUAUAAUCGAAGUUCCCUACGAUAUUGCUAAGUAAUAAGUAGCUGUAACAUUAGCAAAUGCAUUCAACAUACUAUUGAAAUAAUAAUUUUCAGGUGAAGACAUAUUUCUCAAAUAUGUAAAACCUCAUCUAGCUAUUCCUAUGUAUAAUCAAGCACAUAGAUUUGUAUUUGAAUUGGAGGAUUACUAAGAAUCUACUAAAUAUAUUAAAUUUGAGAGCUUUAAUAGACCGAUUGGAGAUAAAUUUUCAAUAGUUAAAUCACAUCCUCAUUUCGGUCCUGUUAGGUUGCCUCAUACAUUUAGUCAUUGGACUUACAUGGUUACUGGAGGACUCAUACUCAUUACUGAUAUACAGGGUUGGAAAGUUGAAGUAGGCCAAUAUGUAAUGACUGAUCCUGUUGUAUUUUCUGAUAAUAAAGGAUUACUUGGAAAGGGUGAUUUAGGUAAACAGGGAAAAAUAAAUUGGAUUCAAAAUCAUGAAUGCAACGAUUUAUGCGAAAGAAUAAGCAUGGAAAGAGAUGAGUCUCUUAUUAGUUAAAUCCAAACAUAUUUAAUGAAGUUUUAGAAUAAAAAAAUACAAGAGAUUAUGUUCGAGCUACAAAUCAUUACCGGCCAAUAACCUUAAGACCCAUUUAAGUGA